AUGAACGGGAUGGCCAACAUCAACCCCGCUGGCCGCAGCCACUACGUCUCCGCCAUCCCAGUGCCCCGUGCCACGGCCCAUGGCAAGCUGCAUGCCGUGGCCCCCCCAAGCACCCUGGGGGCCCCUGUCCCCCACAGGUCUCUGUCUCCCCAGCCAGGGAAGGUGCUGGCCCCCAGCCCCAAGACCCUCAAAUCCAAAGGCGCUGGCAGAGCUGCUGGCCAUGAGCUGCCCAAGGGCAGGGAAGGCAGCCCUGGUGUCCCCCACCGUGGGGGGCAGAAAGCCCUGACAAGACCCCUGGUGUCCCUCAGGAAGUGGCCAGAGGCAGUUGGCAGUGGGAGGAGAGGGACAGGCAGGGUGGGGGAGACCACUGAGCUGCCCAAAGCCCCCUUAGCACAGGGGAGGGGUGGGGGACAGCCAGGGGUGUCCCCCGGGAAGGGCAGUGAGGUGGCCACAGCGGAGAUAGCCGAUGAGCCCCAUGGUGGCUCACAGGGCAGGGGCCCCGUGUUCGGGUCGGGGGCCAUCACCUUCUCCUCGGGCCCCCUGCACAGCCAUCCUGUCACCGCCACCGUGGCACCCUUCCAGUACCGGUGA